AUGAACAGUCAGACCGCUCAGGGUGGCUUGGUGCUAAGUAACAUCUACUUCAAUUACUCUUCGACAAUGUUGAGGCUAACGAAUACUGACGUAACAUGGGGAGUACAGACAUUGAGCUUUGAUUUAGUUAAGAAUAGCGGUCCCAAUUGGCGUUUAUACACUGAAGCGACUUCAAAUCUUGUCAUUUCAGCGUGUGAUACCGAUAGUGGAGUAGCUUCGGGGUCGCUCUGUUUCGAUAAGACCAAUCCUUACAUCGGAAUUGGUACUUUUAGUCCGUCUAAGACCCUACACGUAAAUGGAACGAUAUUAGGGACCGCAUGA